UAUAUCGAGACUUUUUGUUUGUUGCAGAGAAACUCAAUUCGCAGUUAAAUUAAAAGAAGUAAUUUAGUGAUUUAUUAAAAUGUCGCGAAAUCAAUUGCCGGAUUCAUCUUCCUCGCCACCCAUAAGUCACAUGCCCUUUCACAACUUCGACGAUGACCUAAUCAAUGACUUGCCCUCCUGCAUUUAUGCGGGCCAACAUCCAAGCAGUGGCGGCACCGGUGGCGGUUCUCCAGCUGGAGGCAGUGGUCUACGGCUCAGUUCAAAUAAUUUGAGACACAUACAGCAGCAUUAUCUUCAGCACAGUGGCGAAAACUUACUGGACUCCUCGACCAGCUCGCUGCUGAAUUCCAGCAGCACCACGCCCAUGAUGUGCAACAGCCCGACCACCAAUAGCAGUGGUGCGGGGACUGGCCCAACCUUGAGUGCGGCCAGCUAUACUACGGUGAAUGCCCCAAGCGCUUCGACCUAUAAAAUGCAGCGCCAACAAGCCAAUGUGCGUGAACGGAAACGCAUCCAGAGCAGCAUAAAUUCUGCCUUCGAUGAGCUUCGCGUCCACGUACCUACCUUCCCAUACGAGAAACGUCUGAGUAAAAUCGACACUUUGCGUCUGGCCAUUGCUUAUAUAUCUCUAUUGCGGGAGGUUCUGGAAACGGAAUAUGAAUACGAUCCUUUGACCUAUGUGGAAAAGUGUUUGCGGGGUGAAAUCAAAGCAGAUCGCGCUACUUGGAAUACGAGUGAUCUAACUGCGCGUCUCUCCUGGAUUAAUUGGGAGAAUCUGGGUGUGCAUCCUGGUCGUCGCACAUUGCUCACUUCACUGGCUCUGUCAUCGGAGCCCAUGUGUGGAGCCCACUGUGGCAUGCCAUAGGCAAAUGCCAAGUGAGGCGGUAAUAUUCGCAACUAGAGCAGCGUUAUAUUAUUUAUGUCUUCCUAUAUAUUUAAAUAAAAUACAUACAUUAUAACCGUAAAGUACACUUUGAAUAAAUUCAUGUAUUUAAGAAGCGUUUCUCAGUACAAAAUAAAACAAAAUUAUGAAGCUUA